UUUCGCAUCUCUGGCUUUCGCGCCAAGUCGCAACCAAUAGUUCGUUCUAACCUUAUUAUAGCUUUUUGUUGUUGUUUAUUUAUUAAAAUCUGGUAACAAUGGAAGAAAACGACGAACUUUCGCAGUUAGAAGAAUUGCUGUGUGCAGAUUUAGAUGACAUCAGUGAAAAAGUUGAAAAAACCGAAGGUACUAUACGCGAUGUAGAUAUUUUCCAAACAACAGGUAAUAUCUCAGAAAAGGAACAUGUUUGCGACAAAAAUGACGAUCCUAAGUCUUCAGCGAUUCACACUGGAGAUACAGAUUCGUCGGACGACGAGGAGAAACGAAAUUACACAGAGAGGAAGUACAAUGACUACGGGAGUCAAGUUAAGAAAAUGCUUGACAACAAAGAGCAGGAGCAAGUACAUAAAAGGUUAGACUUCGAAACUAGACUGCGAGAAACUAACUUCGAUGUGAAGCUCAAACGAAACACUUCUUUUACUAAGAAAAUUGACUCUCCAGAUACUACGAAAAACGUACUUUGUGCACCGCAGAUUAAAAGUAAGGCAGUGGCAGAUGUUUAUACCGAUCCUGUAUUUGGUAUAAGGAUAACAAAGCCGCUGAUAUCAAGCUCGGCGUUAUUAGAUCGUAUGCAAGGUCGAGAAGCAGUCAAUAUGUUAAGAGUCAAAAGAUUUGUUGAACAUGAGGAUCCCUCUAAAGAUUGGGUCCUAGCUGGCGUAAUAGUCAGAAAAAGUACAACGAAAAAGUCACAAAAAGGCAAUCAGUUCAUGAUUUGGACUUUAAGUGACUUAAAAGAUGAUUUAAAAACAGUCUCCAUGUUUUUGUUCCGUAAAGCUUACAAUGAAUUGUGGAAGACCCCUCAAGGAACUGCAGUUGCUAUACUUAAUCCAAAUGUAUUGGACAAAUCUCAGAACAGUGUAGACCAAGCAUGUCUAAGUGUGGAAAAUUCAGACAGGGUGAUGAUUUUGGGUCAAUCAAAGGAUUUAGGAAUUUGUAAAAGUAAGAAAAAGAAUGGAGAGCCGUGCACUGCCUUUGUAAACUUGAGCCAAUGUGAACACUGUAUUUAUCAUGUGAAACAAGAAUAUCAGAAGUAUUCCCGACGUUCAGAGCUGCAGACUUCUACUAUGGGGAAAGGGCUAGUGAAUCUGCAAAAUAAAGUUCUCGGAAAAAGUACAGUAAUAUAUGGAGGCAAAGCAUACUCUGCCCUACCAACAGGCAAUAGUAAAAAGAUAAAAGAUGCAGAUCAGAACAGACUAAUGUCAUUAAGUGACUAUUAUAAAUCUGAGGGAGAUAAACUAAUGACAAAUAAGGCACCUUACGGAGCUGGAUCUUUGAAGGGUAACUCUGGAAUAUUGCACAGUCCUACUGCAAAUAAAACUACAGAUAAUGAGAGACUGAAUAAACUAACUGCACUGAAUUCUAGUCCUCAAGCAAGUCUAGCAGCAAAAGUUGCAAAUUCACCCAAAUUGGGAAAAGGUUUCAGUCUCAAAGGCAGUGGAACUAUUGAUCUCAACAUGUCCUAUGGACAGAAAGCUGCAGAAAGGUCAAAAGCAAAUGCUAUAAAACUAAUUCAAAGAAGUGGUGGUAUUCAGAAAGUUGAUCCCAAUAAUAUAAAAGGCACAGAAACAGGAAAGAAAAGAGCACUGGAAAAGUUAAACAGUUCUGGAAGCAAUGAAAAUGAUUCUAAGAAAGCUAGACCUAAUGAGGAAUCUUCUUCUACUGGUAAGAAACUGAUGUCUGAGAGGUUCAAAAAGAUUCUGGAAGCAACAUCAGCUCAUCAGAAUUUGAUUAAGCAGCAUGAUGAUGAUGAACAAGAAAAAUAUUUUAACAAACUUGAAAAGAAAGAAGCUAUGGAAGAGAAAAUGUUGAACACAUUCAAGCUGGCUUGCAAAGCUGUUAGGUGUGCUAAAUGUAAGUACACGGCAUUUUCGGCUGCACAGAUAUGUAAAGAUGAAAGGCAUCCUCUAAAGGUCCUGGACACAUUUAAAAGAUUCUUCAAAUGUGGUGAUUGUGGUAAUAGGACAGUUUCUCUGGAGAUUAUUCCUUUACAUUCCUGUGGUAACUGCAAAGGGUCCAAGUGGGAGAAAGCACCCAUGAUGAGAGAAAAGAAAGUGACAACUUUGAGUGAAGGACUCUCUAUCAGAGGAGAGGAAGAGACAUUUAUAGGAGGGCAGGUUUCUGCUGGCAAGAAUAUCAAUUUGUUGGUACCCGAUGGAGAGAGCUAAAGUUUUAUUGCACGACUGAACUAUUUUUAAAAUUACAUAGCGGUAUUAUUUGUAUUUUUGACCAUGUUAUUUAUUAUGUGUAUGUGGGAUUAUAAACAAAAUAAAAUACAA